UAAGCUUGGAGUUUUGUUCUUUGGCAAGAUAAGAUUCUUCUUGCCAAAUACUUUAAGGUUCACACAAUUCACAACCACACAAAGAGCUGUUAAGCUUGGAGUUUUGUUCAUUGACAAGAUAAGAUUCUUCUUGCCAAAUACUUUAAGGUUCACAGAUCAGGUUCUCUCAAAUGCAUAUGGAAAGCUUGGCAAUUAAUUUCACAAAAGUUGUGUAGGGUUUGAACAAUCUUUUAGCUAUGGGCUUAGUUUUGCAUCCUCUUCUAUAUGAUGGAAUUGUUUAAUUCAAGCUAAUAGCAAUGCCUUUGGCGAAUAACAGAUUUCCCAAGAAAUGUCAGAGAAAUUAACAUACUUCCCAAGAAAUCUCAAAUUAUUUUUAGUUCCAGUUUAUGGCAGCCCCAGUUUAUCUUACAAUCAUCUAACAUAAAUUACAGAGUUCUAGUUCAAGAAAAAGUAAUGGCGGAAAAGGGUGAGAAGACUGUAAAACGAGUUUGUGUGACUGGAGCAGCAGGUUACAUUGGAUCAUGGCUGGUGAAGAAUCUUCUGGAAAGGGGCUACACAGUGAACGCAACUCUCAGAGAUCCAGGAGACGAGAGGAAAUCUGGAUCUUUGUUAGAUCUGGCAGGAGCAGAGGAUAGGCUUAAGCUCUUCCAAGCUGAUCUGCUGAAAGAGGGAAGCUUUGAUUCUGCAGUGGAAGGUUGUGAAGGAGUUUUUCAUGUAGCUGGUCCUAUGGGUGUUCGAGCUUCAUCGGAAGAUUACAUUGUGCCUGCUGUAAAUGGCGUUCUUAAUGUGAUGAAAGCAUGCACAAGAGCUAAGUCUGUUAGGAGAGUGGUUUUCACUUCAUCUGUUUGUGCUAUUUGUCCAUUGAAUGACAAGGGGGAAUUAGUUUAUUCAUGCAUUGAUGAAUCAUGUUGGAGUCCUCUAAAUUUCCUUAAAUCGCAAUCAAAUGCUUUGUCUUGGUAUAUGACUGCCAAGACAUUAGCAGAACAAGAGGCCUUCAAUUAUGGUGCUGAAAACAAUCUUGAGGUUAUAACAGUACAAUCAGCUUUUGUCAUUGGGCCUUGGAUUACAGCUACACAUGAGUUGACAUCUGUCCAAGUAAUAUCAGCUCUAAUUGGAGACAAUGAUAUAUUCUAUGAAGUACUAAAGUAUAUGCAAUUCACAUUGGGCUCCAUACCAAUAGUUCAUAUAGAGGAUGUAUCCAAUGCCCACAUUUUUUUGAUGGAGCAUCCAAGUGCACAAGGUCGCCAUAUUUGUUCUGUUGAUUCUGCAACUAUCAAGUCUCUCAAAGAUUUGCUUUCCAAACAAUUAAAGAUUUCACUUAAGUUGUAUGAGGAGGACUCCAUUAAUAGAUAUGUACCAUUUUCUUCCAAAAAAUUAUUGGAUAUGGGCUUCUCUUACAAAUAUAGUUUGGAGCAUACUUUUGAAGAAGGUAUAGAAUGUUGUAAGAAGAAUAAGAUUUUGAAUUAAUAAUUUAAGGCAUCUUAAUCUAUUUUCCAAAAUAGAUUUACUUAACCACAAACUUAUGUAUCAUAUACAAAUUCUAAUCAUAUAAACUUUGAAUUUGUAAUUC